AUGACCAGUGCUAAGCCACUAACAGACGAGUUUCACGCAAACUUAGACAAUCAAAAUCUUGAAAUUUUCUGCCUCAUCUGGCUCGAUGCGAAUGCGAACGUCAAAGAUGCUCGAGCCACAGAGCAAAAAUUACGUUCUAUUAUUAAUCAGCUCAAAAAGUUUCAAGAUGUAGCACAAUGUCAAAAAUACAUUGAAAAAUGCUCACAAAAUGAACGACUCGUUAUGAUUGUCAGUGGUCGAUUGGGGCGAGAAAUAGUUCCUUCUAUUUACAAACUUCGACAAGUUAUAUCGAUCUAUGUGUACUGCAUGGAUAAGGAAAGUAACAAAAAAUGGGCUGACAAAUUUGCAAAAGUAAAAGCUGUUGUUGUCGAACUUGAUCAACUCAUUUCUCAAAUUGAAGCUGAUCAUAAAAUUCAGAAAAUCGUAGAAGAACCAUUGUCAAUUAAUUUUUUUACUACAAGUACUGAUGCAGGUAAAUCAACAGCUGAUGUAAAUGGUGGAUUUGUUUUUUCUCAAGUACUUAUCGAUUGUCUGCUGCGGCUUAAACCCACCACAAAAGAUAAAAAAGAACUUAUUAAUCGUUGCAAACAACAAUAUGAAGGUAAUAGUGUCGACUUGAGCAUUAUUCAAGAAUUUGAAAAUAAUUAUUCACCUGACAAAGCUUUGUGGUGGUACACAAGACAAUCGUUCUUUUACAAGACUCUUAAUGCGGUUCUACGCACCGAAAAUAUCCAUAUGAUAUUUUUAUUUCGUGCAUUUAUCUCUGAUAUUCAUCAUCUGUUGCAAAAGUAUCAAGCUAAAGAUUUUGUAAGAGUUUUUCGCAGCCAGUUGAUGUCGAGUGAUGAAUUGGAAACUUUAAAACAACGCCAGGGUCAGUUUAUUUCAGUGAAUUCAUUUUUUUCUACGAGUACUGAAUAUCGCCAAGCUCUUUCAUUUCUGAAUGAUUCUGUCGCUAAAACUGGUUUAGAACGAGUACUAUUUAACAUUGAUGCCGAUCCGAAGAUAGUUACUGCAAAAUCAUGUGCUGAUAUCAGCGCACAUAGUGAAUUUGCUCAUGAAUCCGAAGUACUCUUUACGCUUGGUUCUAUUUUUCGUUUGAAAAGCAUCAUUCACAGUAGGGAUGAUAAUGUAUGGAUCAUCCGAAUGAUUUUAUGUAGUGAGAACGAACAUGAUUUAAGAGAAGUUCUCAUGUAUAUGAAGCAGCAGACUGGAAGUGGAGAAACAAAUCUUCGAACAUUAGGAAAAGUAUUAUGGAAAAUGGGAAAGCUUGAUUUAGCUGAGCAAUAUUUUAUUCGUUUAUUGAAAGAACUUCCACCAAAUGAUCAUUUACUUGGUAAUUUGUAUGAAGAGCUUGGUGAGCUGGCGUCACAGAAGGGUGAUUAUAAUAAGAGCAUUGAAUGGCAUCAGAAAUUACUUGCAUUGAAGAAUCCAAAGGUAUUAAUUGACGUUGACAAAACCAGUGAAAUAAGCAUUAGUAUGGGUAAGUUCAUCGAAUGA